AUGGGGCUGAAAAUUACACCGAAACCUGUCUGGCCUUCCAUUAGAGUUACUGAUUUUGAUUUGGCUGGCCACCAAGAGGGGGCGGUAGAUCAAAAUCAGGAUUCAUUGAAACAAACAUUUGUCCUGGAGGUGAUCAGACGCCAAAAUAGAUCAAAAGGCUUUAAUAAUGAGUUCAGGAGCGGUGAAGGGCCAGAUGAAGAGGAUGAAAACAAAAUAGAAAUUGGGUUCCCAACAGACGUAAAGCAUUUGGCUCACAUUGGAGCUGAAAAUGCGAAAGCAAGUCAACCAAGCUGGCUAACUGAGUUCAAAGAAUCAUCAGAAGCUUCAUCUGGGACAGCGGCUUCAUCUGGGACAGCGGCUUCAUCUGGAACAGUAGCUUCAUCUGGAGCAGUAGCUUCAUCUGGAACAGUAGCUUCAUCUGGAACAGUAGCAACCACAAGCAAGCCCACACCUGAAGAUAAUAAUAGUGAUACUACAGAGAAGCCGAAAGGUGAAGGGAAGCGAACCCGAAAGUCAAGGCCUCGAUCUACAGAGAACCAGUCCUCUCCGAGCCGGGAGAAUCCGACGGAGGGAUCGAAGCCGAGCCGACGACAUCAUUCUUCGGAAUCUUCUAGGAAGACGAACCGCAACUCAACGGAUGACGAUAAGCCUCCGACAGCAUCGGGAUCGAAAACUUCGAACCGCAGGAAGUCGAAGACGACGUCGUCGGAGGAUAAGGAGAAGGAUAAGGAUGGUGGGUCCAUUCGGAGGGCGUCGGAGGAGAAAGAAGGUUCAUCAAGGAGGACGGCACGAGGACGGAGACAAUCGAAGGGGGAUUCCUUGACUGAAUUCCCCUUCUCAGAGUCUGGGGCUCAAUAG